AUGCAGCCCACCCUCGACCCUUUGCCCAAUCAGCCAACUCGCUUUUCGCAGCCGUCGAGCGUGGAGGAGCCCGGUCCCCAUUACCUCAAAAAACGCGCGCCACAUCAGGAAGGCUGGUGUCGAUGCCUUCACCGCAGUGUCGACGCUCCCACCCCCGCGAUGUCGAUGCCUCCACUGCAGUGUCGAUACCUUGACCGCAGUACCGGCGCGUGGGACGAGGAUCCCCUCACAUUCAGCGCUCGACGUCCUGUCGGACGACCUUCUUCCCAUGAAUCUUCCUCUUCGGGUGCUCGUCCUCUCAUGACCGCUUAUUCGCGGCCUUCCACCGUGUUACUCCCGCUGCCGUUAUGCCGUUAUGCUGUUGUUCGCGGUGGCUCUGCUGCUGUUCGCGGUGCUCCUGGUGCUGUUAUUUGCUCCCACAUCCUUCCCUGA